AUGGCUGCCGUCAGCCCCCAUCCGUUGACGCAGCUCACCGCCGACGAGUUCGUCAGGGCACGGGAUGUCGUUACGAAGCAGUACGCGGCCUCUCAGUCCCUUUACUUCAGACAGAUCAAUCUCGAGGAGCCCAGCAAGGAGUCGCUGGUUCCGUAUCUUGAGGCUGAGCAUGCCGGACGCUUGACGCCAGACACGCCUCGCCCACCGAGACAGGCUCAUGUCGAGUAUGACGUCAUCAAGCCGGAUAGACAUGAGGCCGUGAGGGCCGUGGUGGAUUUACAUGCUGCAGAGGUGGUGAGCAGCCAUGUUGCUUCUCCUACUUCACACCCCUACUAUACCCCGGAUGAGUUUGCUCAGUUUUUCGACCUCUGCAUGGCCUCGGACAUGUUCAAGGAGGCCAUGUCGGAGUUUGUUCUCCCGUGCGGUUUUGAGAUCACCAUCGAUCCCUGGCCAUAUGGCUCGUCAGACAACCACGACGACCCCAGGAUGAUGCAGGGUCUGGUGUUUGCCCGCGAUGCCCGGAAGAGCCACUCCGACACCAACCACUACGGCUAUCCCAUCCCCAUCAUCCCUGUCAUGGACUGGGUCACCAAGAAGAUGAUCCGAGUAGACAGGCUGGCAACCGGCGGCUGCGAAGACGGCCUGGACGCCCUCCCCCGCGGCGAUACGCCCAAGACGCUGUUUGCGAAUUCCAAGCCCGCAGAAUGGGUUCCCGACCUCCUCGACCAGCAGACGCGAGCCGACUUGAAGCCGCUCAAUGUCGUCCAGCCCGAGGGGCCGUCAUUCACCAUCCAGGCGGACAAGCUCGUCGAGUGGCAGAAAUGGCGGUUCCGUCUGGGCUUCACUCCCCGCGAGGGCGCCGUCCUCCACGACGUCUGCUACCAGAACCGCCCCGUCUUCUACCGUCUCAGUUUCUCGGAACUCACUGUUCCUUAUGGCGACCCCCGGCCCCCUUUCCACCGCAAGCACGCGUUUGACUUUGGCGACGGCGGCGUCGGCCGCAUGACCAACAGCCUGGUCCUUGGAUGUGACUGCCUAGGCGCGAUCCACUACCUCGAUGCUCUGCUCAGCGGCCCCGACGGAUCACCCGUCCCGGCAAAGUCCGUCGUCUGUGUCCACGAGCAAGACUCGGGUGUUCUCUGGAAGCACACCAACUUCCGGACGAACAAGGCCGUCGUCGCCCGAUCCCGCGAGCUCGUCGUGCAGUUCAUUUGCACCCUCGCCAACUACGAAUACAUCUUCGCCUUCAAGCUCGAUCUCGCGGGGGGCAUCACGCUCGAGACCCGCGCCACGGGCAUCGUCAGCGUCGUCGCCAUCGACCAAGGCAAGACCAGCAGCUACGGCAACCUGGUCGCUCCCGGUGUCCUCGCCCAGAACCACCAGCACAUCAUUGCCGCCCGGAUCGACCCGGCCAUUGACUCCUAUCGCGACAGUCAGGUCGUCGUCGAGGAGAGUCACGGCGUCAAGAAGGACCCCAAGACCAACCCCUACGGCAACCUGUACCAGGUCAAGCGCCAAGUCGUCGAUAGGGCGACGUAUAUCGACGCAGAGCCGCGCCUGAACCGGAACCUGAAGCUGGAGAAUCCCAGCAAGAGGAACGCCAUUUCAGGCAAGAAUGUGGCGUACCAGCUCGUGGCGCCCGCCACCCAGAUGAUGCUGGCCGACGAGGAGAGCGUCCAUUGCCAGCGCGCCCAGUUCGCACGGCACCACGCCUGGGUCACCGGCUACAGAGACGGCGAGUUCUGGGUCGCAGGCGAGUUCACCAACCAGAGCCGCCUCGAGGUCGGUGGUGUCGGCGACAUGGUCCGCCGGGGCGAUUGGUUCACGGAGCAAGGCAAGCCAGACGGUGCCAAUGGCUCCGACGGGACGCAUGGACACGGCAGCCAUGGGAGGAAGAGCUCGCCUGUGGUCUGGCCCGUGUAUGGCUUCACGCACAAUCCCCGCGUGGAGGACUGGCCGGUGAUGCAAGUUCCUCCCUCGCCCAUGGAGAUGCACCAAAUCCAUCUCCGCCCCGUCGACUUUUUCGAGGCAAAUCCUGCCCUAGAUGUUCCAUCCGCGACAAACGAGUCGAGUGUCCUUGUGCCGUGCUGCGGGACUGACGGCGCCACGAGCGCCAAUGGGUGUGGCUCCGUGUAG